CACCUUUUUUUUUUUUUUUUCUUCCUUCUCUCUCCUCCUCCGUUUUCUUAAUACCCCCAACACACGUAAACAGUCGGUCAUUGAACUAUAGCAACUAACGAAAAAAAUAAUCAGAACCGGGAACCCUUUGAAGCAACACCUUGUAUAAACAAUGAAUUUUAUCAGAUGGCAUUAUUCGGACACCACUCUUCGCCGUUCAGAAAAACAGGCGGAGAGUGAAAAGACUAUCUGCUGUUUUCCCUAUAACCGUUGGCUGAUGUUCCCAGCCGCAUUUAUCUUCCAAGCUGUUUGUGGAUCACUCUAUGCUUGGUCUGUCUUCAAUAAGCCCAUUGAUCGACACAUCUAUGGUGCUGAUGCGAAAAACGAACCACUCGAGGUCAAUGCUCCCGUCACUUUCUACUUAGCUGUCGGAUUCUUCGGUUUUUCCGCUGCAUUCAAUGGUCCUUGGUUGGAACGUGUGGGUCCCCGCAAGGCUUCCUUGGUUGGUACUUUUCUCUUCUUUCUUGGAAACAUGAUUGCCACCAUUGGUAUUCACGUCAAGCAAAUUGGUUUGGUUUACUUUGGAUAUGGUGUUGUGGGCGGUGCCGGUUUGGGCUUGUGCUAUAUCUCUCCAGUGUCUGCACUUCAGAAAUGGUUCCCAGAUCGUCGCGGUCUCGCUGCCGGUUUCGCAGUCUGCGGAUUUGGAGCAGGUUCAAUUGCGUUGGCCAAGGUGCCCGAGCCUUUGAUUACGAGCAUUGGAUUGACAAAGACAUUUUUGACCUUGGGCUGCUGCUACUUUGCAGUCAUGUUCCUCUGCUGUCUCGUCUUCCGUGUGCCUCCACCAGGCUUUGUUGUCAACGGCCUGGAUGUUUAUCGCAACAAGGUCAACGAGAACGGUGAUAUCGAGGCCCACAACGCUGGCUCUAGCGCCAACAACAUCCGUAACCCAGCCUCAACUCUUACACUCAUUCAGUCAAUUUUCUCGAGCGAAUACAGACUCAUUUAUCUCAUGUUCUUUGGCAAUUCCAUUGCUGGCUUGGUCUUCUUGUCUCGUCUUUCGAAUAUUGCCGCUGAUGUCUUUACUAAGUCCUCCACUGAUGGCGCAACCGUCGUCUCCAUUAAUGGUGGAUUCAACUUGGCUGGACGUUUGUUCUUUUCGACUGCCUCAGAUCGUCUCGGUCGUAAGAAUGCAUAUAUUGUCAUGUUGCUCUGGCAGGUCAUUUGCUUGGCGAGCUUGCCCACCGUAAUGGAGGCUCGCAAUUACCCUGCAUUCUUGGCUCUCAUCUGGACCUUGACUGCCUGCUACGGUGGUGGUUUCGGAUGCAUUCCCGCUUUCCUCUGCGAUAUGUUCGGACCCACAAACAUUGGAGCUCUCCAUGGUAUCAUCCUCACAGCUUGGUCGAUUGCUGGUGUCGGUGGAGGUCUCUUGUUCACAGCUAUCUUCAACAACAUGAGGAGCAAUGGAUACAAGGUCAGUGAUGCUUGGAUCUACGGUUUGAACCUGUACUGGCUCCUUGCAAUCUGCUCUCUUGGAUUCCUCGUCGUUCUCUUUGUCCGCACUUCGCUCCGCGACCGUCUCCUACCUCGAGUCGAAGGCGAGUUCACUCGUGUUCGUAUCUUUGGCCGCCUCAUCCGCUUCGGUUCCUUUGGCGUCCAGACUGUCAGCAAACAACAGGAGGACCAGGAGUGGGAUGCCUAUGUUGAUGCUCAAUCUGGCCAUCAUUCGGAAUCAUCAAGCACUGCUACUGCAAAUGAAAAAGCUUUUGGAGACAAGGCUGAGGUGACCGAUGGAGUCAAAGUGUAAAUAAUGACAAGCCUUCUCCUUUACUUCCCUAUUACCACUAUAAUAUACUAUCUUCCAUAAAAAAAACUGUAUAUCAUACUUUACUCUAGCACUCUAGUAUAAAUAAACAAAAACAACCCG